UCAUCCUCAUAACAUGAUAUGAGAUGCACUGUCUAUUUCAAAACGAAUUUAUACUUAUUUUUGCUCAUAGCAAAUUAUCAUUGGUUCUUGGUCAUAGGUUUCUUUAGAAUUGAAUAUUACAAGGCCAAACGAAAGAACUAUUCAAGAAUAGAUAUAGUUUUGGUUUUUCUUACAGUGAGAUGAAUUCUUUUUUGGUCAGAGUGAUCUAUUGAAAUACUGUAGGCUGACUAUUGAAACCAACACUUUUUCUGUCUGGAUAAGUUCAAGUUACUUUGCUUUAAAAUUCAUGCAGCUAGGUGAAAGGCAUUGUUGUAUCUCCGAUAUUCUGUGCCACGGCUCAAUAAAAUCAUAGAGUGCUAAGGAUUCGUUGGUUCAUUGAACAAGAGAGUAUUCAGGUAGUAUUUGAGACAUGCUCAAUUACUAUGUAGAUAUAUUCAGCCUUGACGUAUACUAAGAUAUCUUCU